UCGGAGUCGGAGACCAUGUACGAGCACGCUGCGCGCCUACUUUUCAUGGCUGUCAAGUGGUCAAAAAGCCUGCCAUCUUUCGCAAAUUUACCUUUCCGCGAUCAGGUCAUUCUGCUGGAGGAGACCUGGGGAGAGCUUUUUCUGUUGUGUGCUAUACAGUGGUCCAUGCCUCUCGAGUCGUCGCCCCUACUCUCCGCGACUGAGCAUGCGCAGACUGCCCAUGGCCGGUGUAACGUCACCGCCCUGGCUGAUAUACGGACCCUGCAAGAAAUUGUGGCAAGAUUCAAGGCAGUGCAAGUAGACCCGGCUGAGUUUGCUUGCCUGAAAGCGAUCAUUUUGUUUCGGCCAGAAACCAAGGGUCUCAAGGAUCCUCAGCAGGUAGAAAGUCUUCAGGAUCAGGCACAAGGGAUGUUAGGGCAACACACACGUGUUCACCGCCCUACGCAGCCAGUCAGAUUCGGCCGCCUACUGCUGAUGCUACCGUUACUACGUCUUGUCACCUCGAGUCGAAUAGAAACCAUUUUCUUCAGUCACACCAUUGGCAACACACCGAUGGAGAAACUGCUUUGUGACAUGUAUAAAAGUUAAAACUUUGCUCGGACGUUUUUUUUUCUUUGUUAACCAUUAAUAGCACUGAAUGGCGAUUUUCGUGUCGUUUCACAUUGAGGGAUAUCUCAUGUUCUUUAGUAGAAAAUUGGCUGGUGAAAACCAAAAUUUCUAUUUUGCUAGGGUUACAUAUUGACACGCUUCGAGGGAAGAAAAAUGAGAUGAUUUCUUUGAUA